CCCAUUCCUCCACUUGUCCUCUUUUAUGUUUCACUUGCCUUAUAAGCAAACUCCAAACAAGAGACAAACAUCAGUCUGUUCUAUACUCCCAUCUGAUCUAUAUGUGUAUAUAUAUUCAUUCAGCACACACUCCCACAACAAAUCCACACAGAAUCAAGAAUCUUUUCACCCAUUUCUCUCCUUGAAACCCCCAAACUCAUUGUUCCCAAACAUGAACAUAAUUAUUCUUUCAAUUUGUAUAUCUUUGACCAUUUUCUUGGCACACUCCGCCCCUGAAAAUGCUGCAAUUUCUCAAAUUCCUGGGUUUAAUGGAACUCUUCCUUCCAAACACUAUGCUGGGUAUGUGACAAUAGAUGAGAAUCAUGGCAAGAAAUUGUAUUAUUAUUAUGUGUUGUCUGAAAGAAACCCUUCUGAAGAUCCUGUGGUCCUUUGGCUCAAUGGUGGCCCUGGUUGUUCUAGUUUUGAUGGGUUUGUUUAUGAACAUGGUCCUUUUAAUUUUGAAAAAAACGGAGGCAUGCCGAAGCUUCACCUCAAUCCAUAUACAUGGACCAAGGUUUCGAACGUGAUAUAUUUGGACUCUCCGGCUGGUGUUGGGAUGUCAUAUUCUGCGAAUAAAACCGACUAUAUCACUAGGGAUACAAAAACGGCUUCAGACUCGCACAAAUUUCUCCUUGAGUGGUUUAAGAUAUAUCCGGAAUACCUUUCAAAUCCAUUUUUCAUUGCUGGUGAGUCGUACGCUGGAGUUUACGUCCCUACAUUGUCUUAUGAAGUGGUGAAAGGACUCGAUGCUGGUGAUAAACCUACUCUUAACUUUAAGGGAUACAUAGUAGGAAACGGAGUUACAGAUGACGUGUUUGAUGGCAACGCUCUUGUUCCGUUUGCACAUGGGAUGGGCCUCAUUUCAGACGAACUUUAUCAGGAAGUCACCACAGAAUGUCAAGGGAACUAUUACAAUCCCGCAAACGACGAUUGUGAAAGCAAGCUUUCAAAAGUUGACGAAGAUAUCGAUGGUAUAAACAUCUACGACAUUCUAGAACCGUGUUAUCAUGGUGAUAGUUCAAGUAAAAUUAGACUUGGAACAUCGAACCUUCCAGCUAGCUUCCGGAAAUUAGGUGAGACCGAAAGACCGCUUCCGGUUCGAACCAGAAUGUUUGGACGCGCUUGGCCUUUUAGAGCCCCGGUUAAGGCUGGUUAUGUUCCUUCUUGGCCCGAGCUUCUCAACAGUGCGGAAAAUGUCCCAUGUACCGAUGAUGAAGUAGCAACCAUAUGGCUAAACAAUGAAGCAGUCCGGAAGGCGAUUCAUGCGGACCCGAUUAGUGUCGUGGGUGAUUGGGAGCUAUGUACUAAUAACAUACGAUACUAUCAUGAUGCUGGAAGCAUGAUCCCUUACCAUAAAAAUCUCACUGCUCGAGGUUACCGUGCUCUUAUUUUCAGCGGGGAUCAUGAUAUGUGUGUUCCUUUCACUGGAACUGAAGCGUGGACACGAUCAUUAGGUUACAAAGUUAUCGAUGAGUGGAGGAAAUGGCGCGUCGACGGUCAAGUCUCCGGAUUCAUACAAGGAUACGACAACAACCUCACGUUUCUCACUGUUAAGGGAUCGGGUCACACGGUACCUGAGUACAAACCUAAGGAAGCGUUGGCGUUUUAUAGUCGUUGGUUGGAGGGAAAGAGUAUAUAAGAAAAUCUUGUCAACCGGUUUAACAUGCUUGUAACGUAACGUAUUACGAACUUUUUAAUAUAAGAAUAAUAUGGUGUUAGGGGAAAAAUAAGAAAGAAAUUUAUUUGAUGAUGAAAACUGAAAUAGGGGAUUAUGUUGUGACAUAUAGAUUGUUGGUGUUUGGUUCCAAUUUCAAGUUACAUAUUCUAUUUUUAAUUCUUAUAGCA